AUAUAUUUCAUGCAUUUUCAAUAUGCGUGUCCUAAAUGUACCAAAACGUAAUAUUUCGUUAGUAAUAUACAUAUACUUUAUUUGGACAACUUUAAAAUCGAUUUUCUCAAUGUUUUGCAUCCUCUGAUUCCUUUUUUUUUUUAAAUAGCCAAAUAUCCUCCAAGUCAUGCAUUAAUGGAAAGCGUCUGGCUGCUGAAUAAAUCUCGCCUAUUUCUCUGACGUGACCACGCUGUUCUCGAUUAAACGCUUGUUUAUGUGCAAUAGCGCGAGCUUGUGCGCGAGUAAUAGAAAAGCCAAGGCGUAUGGUUAUAACGACGUGCAAUAAAGAGGAGUCCUCGCGGCGCUGACAAAAACGUAACGUCGCGUCCCUCGGACUUCUCGAGUGAUUGCGACGCCCUUGUGAACGCGCGCUGAUCUCGCGCCGCUCCGCAGCCUCGCUCGCGCAGACCGCCGAUGACGAGCACACGGAGGCGGCGAUGGGACACGGAGAUCCUGGACAUUGUGCGGGCCACGUCGUGAUGGUCUGAGGAUAAAACGAAGCUCAGGGCGGGCUAAAGUAUGAUCAGUAACCCUCUGGCUUUGAGCACCCUCCACUGAGACCAUGAGGCAAGCAGUAACCGCCACUCUGUCUGUGUGGGGUGAGAGGCGUUUCGGGUACUCCACCCUCAAGGACUCGAGCGAGUCGCUGCUGGACGAGCGCAAGCUGAGGCCCGGUCUGAAAGAGGACUCUGUCAUUGAAGAGAAAGAGCGGGCCGAGAAUGAGCAGGAGCAGCUGGAGGCUGUGCUGGGGCUUCCGUCCUUUCCUGUGGAGGACGGCCACCAGACGGGCGGCACCGAGCCCUCGGACCCCGCUCUGGACUGCAAGCAGGGGGGUGGGAUGGAAGCGUCGCUGGUGUGCGGCGGCAGGAAGGGUUCGCUCGGCGCUCUGCCCAUGCAGCGCUGCAGUUCUCUGGGCACCACGGCCCCGCAGUGGGUCCCUGAUUCUCAGGCACCAGCGUGCAUGAAAUGUGGAUCCAAGUUCUCUUUCACCAAAAGACGUCAUCACUGCAGAGCGUGUGGGAAGGUGUUUUGUGUGGUGUGCUGCGACCUCAGAUUCAAGCUGACUCAUCUCGGUGGGAAAGAGGGACGUGUCUGUGUCACGUGUCAUUCCACGUUGAUGAACCGGACGCUUCGCAAGGACCAGAAGAAGGUCUGGUUUGCUGAUAAUCUCCUUCCUCAGUCGGAGAGUAGAAGUGCCAACAGCUCUCCCGUUCACAGGAGUGUGUCCCACACAGACAGGGCCGAGCUCGCUCAGGCGGAAGUGUCUGACCUUAGAGCUGGAGAUGAAGUCUGUGGCAACUCUACAAAACCCGCUCCACCAAAGGACCUUCCCCCUAUUCUGACAUCAACGGGGGUCAAAGGAGACUACACUCUGGAGGAGAAGAGAACGGAGUCGUCGCUCUUAGAGGAGCUGGAGAGAGGUCUUGCAGAGCCUCUGGUGUUUGUGCUCAACGCGAACCUGCUGGCCGUAGUGAAGAUCGUCAGCUAUGUGAACCGGCGCUGUUGGUGUGUUAUGUCGAAGGGCAUGCAUGCUGUGGGACAGCCAGAGGUGGUCAUUUUACUGCAGUGUUUGCCUGAAGAGAAGAGGUUCCCGACGGAUAUCUUCAAUCAUUUCAUUCAGAUCUACUGGGACGCCCAGACAGCAGCAGGAAAGCUUUUGAAUCACCUGAGUCACUCGUUGGUGUCCCGAGGGUUUCUGGGUAAUAACGAGCACGCUGGCUUUCUUUACGUGCGUCCGACGUUCCAGUCUCUGGAGGGUCUGCCUUUACCUGCGCCUCCCUUCCUGUUCGGGCUCCUCAUGCUCCGUGCAGAGGCUCCGUGGGCCAAAGCCUUUCCUCUGAGACUCAUGCUGCGUUUAGGAGCGGAGUACAGAUUCUAUCCCUGUCCGUUGUUCAGUGUGCGCUUCAGAGAGCCUCUCUUCGGACCCGUCAACAACAGUAUAAUGAGACUCUUAGUGGAUUUCCGUUUUUACCGUUACACAUUGCCAACAGUGCCAGGGCUCGUGGUUGAUCUAGAGGCUAGGAGCACCUGUAUAAGAAUCCCUAAAACACGUCAUCCCGAGCUGUUGAAGGCGCUGAAUAAGUCUAACGAGAGAGUGCUGGCCCUGGGCGCCUGUUUUAACGAGCAGGCCGAUUCUCAUCUGAUUUGCGUGCAGACGGCAGAUGGACAGUACCAGACGCAGGCCAUCAGCAUUCACAGCCAGCCACGCAGAGUCACUGGCUCGUGUUUUUUUGUGUUCAGUGGAGCGCUCAAACCUUCAUCGGGGUACCUGGCCAAGUCCAGCAUUGUGGAAGAUGGUUUGAUGGUGCAGGUAACUAUGGAGGCCAUGGCUGACUUACGUCGAUCUCUACGGGAUAUGAAGGACUUCACAGUGACCUGUGGAAAGCUCCCUCCAGCAGAGAGGCAGGAAUAUGUGCACAUUCAGUGGCAGGAUGAAGAGCCGCGCUUCAAUAAAGGCAUCAUCAGCCCCAUCGAUGGCAAGUCUAUGGAGUCUCUCUCAAACAUCAAGACCCAUCAGCGCUUAGAAUACAGAGCCAAUGGGAAGCUCAUACGCUGGACAGAGGUGUUUUACUUGCUGAAAGAUCAACAUCCAAAUGGUCUUAAUAACCACACCAGCCAUAACCGUCUGACGGAGCGUCUCGCGCGGGCGUUCUGCCUGGCACUGUGUCAGUCUCUCUGUCUGCUGAAGGAGGAUGGCAUGACCAAACUGGCACUGAGAGUCACCCUGGACGGCCAGAAGAUGGAGUUCUUGGCAGGCAGUAACGGGCAGCGCCUUCCAGCUCCGUACCAGGAAUGUCUUAACCAAUCAUUAACGUCCGUGGUGCAGAGUAACGCUCAGUACCAGGGCCUCGCCGCCUGCCAGCUGGAGCUCAUCUUCUAUAUUCUGGAGGAUACGUCGUAGAGACGGACCACCCACUGUCACACGUGCCAACGCUUCCGGAAACCUCACGAGCAAAACCUUUGACUUCAGUAUCAUUUGAGAGUGGAAUGUAGUAGACGUCCUCAUGGGGCAGCUUAUUUUAGUAGUUUAGUCGAUACCCUACUGCUCACUGUGAAAGGGUUUGGGGUUACACCAUCAAAUGGCUUUAAAAACUACUAAUAUCAGUCAUCACUAGAGGCCGAGCGGUGUAUCGUUUUAUCUGAUAAGUCGACAACAGCAACAACUCGUGGAACUAUCGAACAUUUACAGAAGCCCAUUUCUGCUUCCAAAAUAGAAUUCACAUUAUUACGAAUAACUCGCUAAGACCUCGCUACUGCAGUGAUUUCCUGUAAUUGAUUUCCUGUAAAACGUCUAUAUCACAAUUUGGACACAAAAAGGCAUUCAUUUUUUUUUUCUGUUGCCCUUGUUAGCUCCGACAGACAAGACAGAGCAAGUUACUUUUGGAAUAAAGUGUCAGCUUUCCGAUUUGGUCAUUUAAUUAGAAAUUCAGCCAAUAAAUGCUGUUCUGUGGUGUUUUUUUUUUUAAAACCUCUUCCUCUUUACUAGAUAUAGCGCAAAAUAAACAUGAAUGAACGUCAGAAGGUAUUUGUUUCAAAUGUAAUAUUAAGUACAUCGUUUCACUAUCAGUCUAUCAAGUCCACUACUACAUUUAAUGACAUUUUUCUACAGUUGAAACAAGAUACCUUCUGGUGUUCAGUUCAUGCUAUAACUAGUAAAUGCGACAAAGACCGUUGGUUCACGUGCCGCUUGAACUGAGGCGCUACAGUGAUCUGUCACGACACGUUACAGAGCCACAAAAUGGUAUUUAUUGUUUGGAUUUCUCUGGAAAGCUGAGACUGGUUCAUAGUAAAGUGUCUUUUUUGUCGGUGUGUGUCCAGAUGUAUUUUUCACUGCGUGAGAACAUGGUGUGGUGUGAGAUAUUUCAGCUAUUUUUCGAGUCCUUUAAUUCUUGUAAGACCAUUAUAAUGACUUUGAAUCUCAUAAUUGUGUAUUUCGUGUAACCGCAGCCUCACAUCUCGAUAUGCUAUUUAUUUUUUUUUACUCAUUUAUGAUUUUAUUCCCACCUUAAUUAUGACCGUAUCCCAGUUGAAACAUUCUAGUAAUUUAAAUGCAACUUUGUUAGACUCUAAACUUUACACCAUUCCUUCUCGUAAUUGCAAUCACCCCUCCAUUGCAAAUUCAUGUCAAAAUUGCCACAUUUAUGUAAUUGCAACCUUGCGUCUAACAGUCUAAUCAAUGCAACUGACUUCAUGCCAAAACAUAAUCCAUUAUAUAAUACCUUACAGUACAAUAACGUAUGCUUGCAAAUUUAUUUCUCAAAAAAAAAAAAAAAAAAAAUAUUGAGGCAGAAAUAGGCUUCCAGAUUUUCUAGAGAUCUACGAAACGCUUGGCUACAUUAAAAAAAAACCAGCCAGACACAAAACACGAUAUGGAUUUGAAUUCUUGCGUUAACCAGCAUACUUACGGACUCAAAAUCAGUACUGCAUUUCAGAGAGUUAAGUUAAAGACACGCAUGCACAAGAACUCAAAUGUUAACCAUUUUAAUGCCUAUUAUCGGUCGACCUCUAGUCAUGGCCAAAGGCUCAUCUGUGACAAAUUGACGUAGCUGUCUGUAGUUUGUACUGUAGUCUGGACUCCUCCUGUAGACCUCGGCUCGAUCAUAAACAGGAUCUGAAAUUUAAGACCCGAAACACGCUGACAAAAGAGGACCAAAUUGCGACAUGAAACCUGAAUCCAGAGCGAAUGAGAAGUACGAGCAUGACGUGAUAUUGGAGAGGGACUCCGUUUCUUCUAGUCUUCCACAUGUAGAACUCAUUGUAGCCUUGGCGAUCCCUGUUGUCCUUCCUGAUAGAGGCGUGAGGAUGAUUUCCUCCUGAGUCACUGUACAAAUCCCAUGUAACGCCCUGUUCUCCCAGCUUUGCCGAGAGGAGCGCCCUGACCUCUGCCCUACAUUAACGCACACCUGCCUGGAAAAAAAAAAGGAGCUAGGAAUUCAGCCGAGCAAAGAAAGACGAUGCUUGGAUAAACAGGAACAAGAAUUAUACGCACAAACUCUCGUGCACUGUGAGCUCGAAGUCAUUUGUUCCUACACGACCUCAUUGAACCGUCUUCUGACCUCUCUCCCUCUCACACACACACACACACACACACACACACACACACGGCGUAGGAUGCUUGCUCAUCUGGUCUUCCUCUGUUGCUUUUCAGGAACUCAAUGGAUUUUUUGUUUACACUCCACAUGCUGCACAUACUUGAGAUGACAAAUGCAGAUUAUGAAGGAGAAAUGCGGCAUGCACACACUGCAUUUCUGUAUACAGCGCAUCCGGUGAAAGGUGACCGACUGAACCCAAAAACGCAAGAAACGACAAAAGCCGAGACGCAGAGGUACCGUUGCAUUCUUGUAAAUGAUUAAAAAGUAUUUUAAUAAUAUGUCAGGCAUUGCCUAUGAAGAUACCGCGUGCAGAUUUGAGCUGGAAUUGUGGGUCAAAUGACUUGCGCAGGUUUUAACCAAGAAGGAACUACAAUGUGCCAUCAAACCGCAUAACAUGUGAAAUAAACAGAUAACUGUGUAUUUUAAAAUUGAAUUUAUUUUUUGUAUUCAAUUCAAGACUAACAAUUUUUUUUUUACCGCAUCAAUCCCGUUAGUUUAUAAGGUAAAACUAUUUACAGGUGUAAUUCAAGUUUACUGAUGUUGGCUGUACAGUGUCUGCAAUUGGGGGGGGGGGGAGUAUGAAACACACACACACACACACACACACACACGGGUGUGGGUGUGUGUGUGUGUGCUCAUCUGUGAAUUCAUUCUGUUGAAAUGAACACCAUGAGCAACAUCAGCGGAGGAUGGAUCCGGUCAAUACUCUUCCUCUUCUCUUCAUACAUCGUGCUCAAUAAUUAUUCUUUAGAUUAAUUUACGACAAAAAAAAAAAACCCAUUUACAAACAGGGUCAGAUGGAUUCAGAUCCCCAUUUACUUAUUUAAAUGUACAUAUUAAAAAAAACAAAA